AUGGCAAUGAGGAUUUCAUUUCGACAGUUGAACGGUGAGGUAACGGUUUGUGAAGUUGUGCCAGAUAUCACCGGUCGGGAACUCAAGGAGCGCUUCAAGGAGUGCCAGGUUUGGGAUGAUGUCACACGCGAAACAACCCGUGUCAUCAUUCUUGUGGGGACGAGAUUGAUGACGAACGACGAGACGGCUGCAGGUGCAGGCCUUUCGCCAGAGUCAGGCGUGACCGUAGUAUUGAAUCAAAACGCUGCGACCUGCUCCGACAAGUGGGAGCUUGACCAAUUUGGCGAGGAGAUUGACUUGGAGACCGCAUUUGUGGUUGAAAUCCCAAGCGGUGCUACUGAAAUUGUUGAAGACGCAUUUGCAGACUGUCACACACUGGCACGUGUGACCAUUCCAGACUCAGUGACCCAGAUUGGCGCUGGUGCCUUUUCAAGAUGCAGCUCCUUGGCUAGUGUGACCAUCCCAGACUCAGUGACCCAGAUUGGCGAUAGUGCCUUUCAAAACUGCAGCUCCUUGGCUAGUGUGACCAUCCCAGACUCAGUGACCCAGAUUGGCGAUGGUUCCUUUUCACAAUGCAGCUCCUUAGUUAGUGUGACCAUCCCCGACUCAGUGACCCAGAUUGGCGAUGAUUCCUUUUCACAAUGCAGCUCCUUAGUUAGUGUGACCAUUCCCGACUCAGUGACCCAGAUUGGCUGUGCUGCCUUUUCAGGAUGCAGCUCCUUAGUUAGUGUGACCAUCCCAGACUCAGUGACCCAGAUUGGCUAUGGUGCCUUUCAAAACUGCAGCUCCUUGGCUAGUGUGACCAUCCCAGACUCAGUGACCCAGAUUGGCGAUGGUGCCUUUCAAAACUGCAGCUCCUUGGCUGGUGUGACCAUCCCCGACUCAGUGAUCCAGAUUGAGGGUGGUGCCUUUUCAGAAUGCAGCUCGUUGGCUAGUGUGGCCAUCCCAGACUCAGUGACCCACAUUAGCGAUGGUGCCUUUCAAAACUGCAGCUCCUUGGCUAGUGUGACCAUCCCAGACUCAGUCAGCCAGAUUGGCUAUGCUGCCUUUCAAAACUGCAGCUCCUUGGCUAGUGUGACCAUCCCAGACUCAGUGACCCAGAUUGGCUAUGGUGCCUUUCAAAACUGCAGCUCCUUGGCUAGUGUGACCAUCCCACACUCUUUUACCCAGAUUGAUCUUAAUGCCUUUGCAGGCUGCAGCUCCUUGGCUAGUGUGACCAUCCCAGACUUGGUGACCCAGAUUGGUCUUAGUGCCUUUGCAGACUGCAGCUCGUUGGCUAGUGUGACCAUCCCCGACUCAGUGACCCAGAUUGGCUAUGGUGCCUUUCAAAACUGCAGCUCCUUGGCUGGUGUGACCAUCCCCGACUCAGUGACCAAGAUUGGUGUUCAUGCCUUUGCAGGAUGCCGCUCCUUGGCAAGCUUGACCAUCCCAGACUCAGUGACCCAGAUUGGCGAUGGUUCCUUUUCACAAUGCAGCUCCUUAGUUAGUGUGACCAUCCCCGACUCAGUGACCCAGAUUGGCCGUGGUGCCUUUGAAUACUGCAGCUCCUUGGCUAGUGUGACCAUCCCAGAGUCAGUGACCCAGAUUGGCGAUGCUGCCUUUUCAAGAUGCAGCUCCUUGGCUAGUGUGACCAUCCCAGACUCGGUGACCCAGAUUGGCUAUGGUGCCUUUCAAAACUGCAGCUCCUUGGCUGGUGUGACCAUCCCCGACUCAGUGAUCCAGAUUGAGGGUGGUGCCUUUUCAGAAUGCAGCUCGUUGGCUAGUGUGGCCAUCCCAGACUCAGUGACCCACAUUAGCGAUGGUGCCUUUUCAGGAUGCAGCUCCUUGGCUAGUGUGACCAUCCCCGACUCAGUGACCAAGAUUAGUGUUCAUGCCUUUGCAGGAUGCCGCUCCUUGGCAAGCUUGACCAUCCCAGACUCAGUGACCCAGAUUGGCGAUGGUGCCUUUCAAAACUGCAGCUCCUUGGCUAGUGUGACCAUCCCAGACUCGGUGACCCAGAUUGGCUAUGGUGCCUUUCAAAACUGCAGCUCCUUGGCUGGUGUGACCAUCCCCGACUCAGUGAUCCAGAUUGAGGGUGGUGCCUUUUCACAAUGCAGCUCCUUAGUUAGUGUGACCAUCCCCGACUCAGUGACCCAGAUUGGCCGUGGUGCCUUUCAAUACUGCAGCUCCUUGGCUAGUGUGACCAUCCCAGAGUCAGUGACCCAGAUUGGCGAUGGUGCCUUUUCAAGAUGCAGCUCCUUGGCUAGUGUGACCAUCCCAGACUCGGUGACCCAGAUUGGCUAUGGUGCCUUUCAAUACUGCAGCUCCUUGGCUGGUGUGACCAUCCCCGACUCAGUGAUCCAGAUUGCGAAAAAUGCCUUUCGACACUGCAGCUCCUUAGCUUGUGUGACUGUCCCUGAUUGCGUGAUUGAGGAGGAUGCCUUCGCAGGAUGCAGUGCUUUGACUUUGGUCGUUCCCAUAUCUGGGCGAAGGUUGAGGGUUGCCGCCCUGACGGGCUGCAAGCAGAUUCAAGCAAAAGAAUGUGCAUGUCAAGAGUGCGAGUACAAGUGGUUUCUGAAUGGCUGGGUGUGUCCUCGACGGUGGGGAACUUGCCCUUCCUCGAGAAGCUUUUUGUGGCACGUUGUAUAA